CACCCCUCGCCGUCGUCAAAGCGCGGCGAUUAACGGCGGCGCGCGACGGCAAUUCCACCCGAAUCCGAUGUAUAAAACCACCCCGCGGCUCCCCCAAAUCACCAAGAAGAACACCCACCUCAGAUUAGUCCCAAAGAUUAUUCGCGAUUAAGCUUGUUUUUUUUUGUUCCUAAUCGCAGAUACAAAGAAUUCGCUUUGCGUUUGCCACUCGAGAAAGAUUUUGUUUUUUUUUUUUGGUUAACGGAUAAUUAAGCGCCGCCCCUCCUCGUCGUCGUCGCCGCCGCAUGGAGGCCGUCGGCGUGGCUCCGGCCCCCGCGGGGGUGCCGGAGAAGAAGCUGCUCGAAGUGAAGGAGUCCCGGAAGGCGGCGCCGGCGGCGCCGUCGACGUCGAUGGCGGCCAAGUGGGCGAUGAAGAAGAAGCUCGUCGGCGGCGACGCCGGGUACGUGCUCGAGGACGUGCCCCACCUCACGGACUACCUGCCCGAGCUUCCGACUUACCCGAAUCCUCUGCAAGACAACCCGGCUUAUUCAGUCGUCAAGCAAUACUUCGUCAACACUGACGACACCGUCACGCAAAAGAUCGUUGUUCAUAAGACCAGUGCUAGGGGCACCCAUUUCCGGCGAGCCGGGCCGCGGCAGCGGGUGUACUUCCAGUCCGAUGAGGUCAACGCGGCCAUUGUCACCUGCGGUGGCCUCUGCCCUGGACUUAACACUGUUAUCCGCGAGCUUGUGUGCGGCUUGUAUGAUAUGUAUGGCGUCACCAGCGUCGUUGGCAUAGAGGGUGGAUACAAGGGUUUCUAUUCUAGAAACACCGUCGCACUGACACCGAAAUCGGUGAAUGACAUCCACAAGAGAGGUGGGACUGUUCUUGGAACCUCCAGAGGAGGCCAUGACACCGGCAAAAUAGUUGACAGUAUUAAGGAUCGCGGUAUUAACCAGGUGUAUAUUAUUGGAGGUGAUGGUACCCAGAAAGGUGCUUCCGUAAUUUAUGAGGAAGUUCGGAGGCGAGGCCUCAAAUGUUCUGUGGUUGGUGUCCCAAAGACCAUAGAUAACGACAUUGCGGUGAUCGACAAGUCCUUUGGUUUUGACACUGCGGUGGAGGAGGCUCAGAGGGCCAUCAAUGCUGCUCAUGUUGAGGCUGAGAGUGCAGAGAAUGGCAUUGGUGUUGUGAAACUAAUGGGGCGCAACAGUGGGUUCAUCGCAAUGUAUGCUACUCUGGCUAGUCGCGAUGUGGAUUGUUGCUUAAUCCCAGAGUCUCCAUUCUAUCUAGAAGGAAAAGGUGGACUCCUUGAAUUCAUCGAGAAACGGCUCAAGGACAAUGGCCAUAUGGUCAUUGUAGUGGCUGAGGGUGCUGGGCAAGAUCUCAUUGCGAAAAGCAUGAAUUUUGUGGAUACUCAAGAUGCUUCUGGAAAUAAGCUACUUCUGGAUGUUGGCCUUUGGCUCUCCCAGAAGAUCAAGGAUCAUUUCAAGAAGAAGCGCAACUUCCCCAUCACUCUCAAGUACAUCGACCCGACAUACAUGAUCCGUGCCGUCAGGUCAAACGCAUCCGACAACGUCUACUGCACCCUGCUAGCUCACAGCGCCCUCCACGGCGCCAUGGCGGGGUACACCGGCUUCACCGUCGCGCCGGUCAACGGCAGGCACGCGUAUAUCCCGUUCUACAGAAUCACGGAGAAGCAGAACAAGGUGGUGAUCACGGACAGGAUGUGGGCGAGGGUGCUGUGCUCGACGAACCAGCCAUGCUUCCUGAGCCACGAGGACGUCGAGCACCUCAAGCACGACGACGACGAGCACCACCUGCACAACACGCAGCUCCUCGAAGGCGAGAGCUCGCCGGUGAAGGACUCCUCCAAGUGCAACGGGACAGCAGCGCCAGUGUGAGAACCAACGAGAAUAUAUAUAUAUAUAUAUAUAUAUAUAUAUAUAUAUAUAUAUAUAAGCAUGUAAUUGUAGCUUUCUUUUUGUCCUUUUUUUCUGAAAUGACAUUGUGGGGAAGCUACUGUAAUAGAAUUACCGUGUAAUAUAGCAAGGCUGGUUUCAUCCUCGAAGCAGAAUGGUAGGUUUGGUUUUGUUGGGAAAAUAGUAAGGGUUUCAUGUCAUCAAUUCAUCAUCCUACUAGUAAUAAGGGUUAAUUUUGUAGUAUAGUGGAUUUGGAUCGUGAAUCUCGGGCUUGAACUUAGGAUGCCAAUUCUCAUCGAAAAUGUACAUAGAGCAAACCUUAUUUCGCAAAACAUUUGUACCGAUAACGGCAUACAAGUAACAAAAAAAUAAUUUGUAUC